AUUUGACAAGUAGUCUGUCUAUCUGUCGACUUUUUCGAAAUAUACAUCGUAAUGUGAUUUUCGGGGAAUCAAUACAGUGGGAAACGGCUAUGCGGGUUAGCUGAAGUGCAGCAGUAAAAUAGAUUGUAAUUUAAAAUCAGGCAUUCACAGCUGUUUAUUGAACAACAUCACUUACAAACAUGACAUCAAGGUUGGACAGGCUAUUUAUAUUAUUGGAGACAGGAACAAAUGCAGUAACUAAAAGAGCUGCAGCACAACAAUUAGGAGAAGCACAGAGAUUACAUCCCCAUGAUUUACACCAUUUAUUAGCACGAGUUUCUACUCUCUUAAAAUCUCCACAAUGGGACACUAGAGUUUCAGCUGCACAAGCUGUACAGGCUAUACUUGCUCAAGUUCCUGCUUGGGAUCCACAACCCAUUAAAAAAGAAAUACGUACUGAAGAUGGAGAAACAAAAAGGCCAAAUAAUAAAUUAAAUUUGGAGGACUUUGAUAUGGAAAAGGUUUUAGCACGUAGUUCAUAUCUUACUGGAUCAGAAGGCAGUGAAUAUGACUUAAUUACUACUGAUGGAGAACAAAUACCACUUCCUAAUCAAGAAGAAAAAAUUGCUGCUAAAUUAGGCUUUCAUCCUCGAUUAAUGGGAGUUGAUACAUCAGAAUUGUUUACUGCUGAAGAUCUUACUCCAGUAGUAUUACCACCUACCUCAAAUACACAGACUAAAGUAUCUGUGAGUGAAACACUAAAACAACCUGGUGGCCUUAGUAGACGAGAAAUGAAUAGGGCUAGACGUAAGGCACGACAGUCAGUUUCAAAACAACGCUCACGGGAACCGGAUGACCAUCGUAACAACGAAGAUUAUCAUAAUAAUUCAAAUGCUCAAUCUCCCACUAAUAGUACAGGGGAGUCAUUAAAUAAAAAAAUAAAAUUAGAGGAAGUGAUUUCGUCAGAGAUCGGUGUUAAUUACAGUACACAGACUGAAUCAACCAAUGGAGUACCAGAUAGUACUGGUUGUUGGCCAGAUUCUCUAAUAGAUUGGCCUUUAGAGUCAUUUGCAGAAAGUCUUUGCCAAGAUUUAUUUAGUCAAAAGUGGGAAAUACGGCACGGAGCAGCGACUGCUUUGCGGGAACUUGUAAAACUUCAUGGGAAAGGUGCAGGUAAAUCAAGGGAUCAAACUGCAGAGGAAAUGGCAGAAAGUCAUUAUCAGUGGCUUAUUGAUGCUGCUCUGCGAUUAUUAUGUGUCUUAGGAUUAGAUAGAUUUGGAGAUUUUGUUUCUGAUCAAGUAGUUGCACCUGUACGAGAAACAUGUGCUCAAGCACUAGGUUCUCUUUUAUUACUAGUGCCAAAACAAACUGAUAACGAAAAUAAAAAUAAGGGUAUUAUAGGAAUACUUUCAGUUAUGUUAAAGCUUUUAGAACAUGAUGAAUGGGAAGCAAGACAUGGUGCACUACUUGCACUUAAGUAUUUACUUGCUGUACGAGAUGAUCUAUUAGAUGACAUACUACCGAGAGUAUUUCCAGCCACUAUGCAAGGUCUUUCCGAUCCGGUCGAUGAUGUAGGUGCUGCUGCAGCAAGUGCACUCAUACCAGUAGCAUCUGCUUUACCACGUUUAUUAGAACCAUCAGAAUUAGAAGCAAUUGUAAUUCGUCUUUGGGAACUUUUACGUGAACAAGAUGAUUUAGCAGCGGCAUGUAAUAGUUUUAUGGGAUUACUUGCUGCUAUACUUUCACUACCUUCAGCGCGCGCUUGUCUUACACCUCAGCCAUUGUCACAGGUUUUACCACGAUUAUGGCCAUUUCUUAGUCAUUCUAGUUCGAGUGUACGUAAAGCUACCUUACAAACGUUACAAACAUUAACUGGAGAUGACGGUGCUCACAAUGAGAAUAGGAAAGAACGAUGGGGCGAAGGAGGUGGACUUGUAUUGCAAGAAGCUCUUCGUCAUGUUUUUCAACGUGUAUUAAUAGAACAUGUAAUUGCCAUACAAGAUGUAGCUGAACGCGUUUGGGAAAAUCUAGUCGUACAGAGCGAUCUCGAACUUCUAUUACAUGCGGCAUGUCCUCUUGUCAGCACAUGGCUCUGUCUUGCUAUGCAACCAGAACACGUGCCAUUUAAUCCGAACUUAUUAAUGAUAAUAAGCACUCCUAAUAAAGGAGCUAAAGGUAAUCAAAUUAUUGGUACUUGCGAAGGACAAUCAGAUGCUAGUAAUAGCGGAGGAAAUAAUAUUGUCACCGGAAAUGUAAAAUCUCUAUCCGAACUGAAAGUUUAUAUUGGCGGAAUCGAAACUGUAGCUCAAAAUAUAAGGAAAUCAAAUGUAGUACAAGCUCGUUGUAGAGCUGCACGAAUGCUAGGAUUGUUAUCAUAUUAUGUAGUACAACCAGCACCAGGUGUUACUUAUACACCAGAUAUACCUAGUCCUUCACUUUGUUACGCUAAAGUAUUACUAGCACAUCUUAAUUCACGUUCAGCAUUACAACGCACCGUCGCAGGUUUGACAAUGUCUCAUUGGGCGACUGUAAAUAACAUGAAACCACCUACAAUACCAGAUAUCCUCAGGAAGAGACUCUUGGAGUGUUUGAACGAGUGCGUAUACUAUGAUGAAAUCGCUACAUCUUUCACUCGCCUAUUACAUGACAGCCGUGAUUACAUUGCCACUCUCAAACAUUAUAAAUUGCCUGUUCCUAUCGAAAUAGAUGCAUCAGGAGUGAUGACACUUGAUCAAAUAGCAAAUCUUGCUGGGAAACCAAUUUUAGAACUUUGUGCCAUGGGCAAUGCAAUAAGCUCUGGAGGUCCAAGUGGAAGUGUUGGUAGUAGUCCUGGUAUGAUUAAAUUAAAACAAAAGUUGAUCGAAAGCUUAGAGGAAAGACGAAAAGCAUUGGAAGUAGGUGCUACCGAUACAGCAGCGCAGCAACUUUCGUACAAUGUUAUGUCAAUGGCGGCACUUGCUGGCGCCGCAACGAUGUUACAUUGUCUUCCUCCGUCCCCAGAACCUCUUAAUCCAUUGGUAAAACCAUUAAUGGAAGCUAUUAAACGAGAAGAAAAUGAAGAACUACAAAAGUUGGCUGCAAAGCAUUUGUCAUAUCUAGUUGAACUUUGUGUGGAUAGAAAACCUUCUCCUAAUGCAAAGAUAUCGACCAAUUUAUGUACAUUCCUAUGCUCGGAUAUUGAAUUUACACCUCGUGUAAAUUGCAAUACAGAUCAAGAUCUAUUUGAUGGAAUUCUUACUUUAAGCAACAGACAGAAACAUGCUGAGAGAGUAGCUUAUAAUCGGGGAGCGAAUAGCGGACUUGGCGGAGGAAGGGGACCUGGCCGGCCACCAACAACUGAAAUUCCUUUAGAAGAACUACUUGCUUGUGAAGAGCCUGAAGCUAAAGCGGCUAGAACACGUCGUCGUGGAGCUACUUUGGCACUUACUGCUAUAGCUACGCUGUUUGGUGCACAAUUACCUACACGUUUACCACAUCUUUGGGAACUAAUAUUGCCAAACAUAUUACGGGAGGAAAACAAAAUUGUUGAUCGUGAGAAUACUCAAGAAGAAGUAAAUCAAUUAAUUUUUGGUUUACAAGUUUUAGAAGUUAUGGCCCCCAGUCUUGAUAAAGCUCUACUACCUCCUGCUUUAGAAUGCCUUUCAUGUUUAUGUAAAUUAUUGGCUCACCCUUAUAAAGCUGUUAGACAUAUGGCAUCGAGAUGUAUUGCUGUAUUAGCUGCAUUAGAUACAGAAAAGAUAAUAAUACACGUUACACGCAGUGUAAUACCACUUUUGGAAGCAACUGGUGGAGAAAAGUUAUAUUCAACAACUGUAACAGCACCAAGUGAAGUAGAUUCGAUAAGGCAAGGUGCAGCUGAAGCAUUGGCGUGUCUUGUCGAAAGUUUAGGUGUCAAUAUCGUUCCAUAUGCUGUACUCUUUAUGGUUCCUUUGCUUGGACGUAUGAGUGAUCAGAAUCAAGCUGUAAGAUUAGCCUGUAGUGCCACAUUUGCAACGCUUGUACAACUUUUACCCCUCGAUCCUGGUGCGAUUGCGGAUCCACCAGAUUUAGUGGAAAAGAAAGCACAGGAACGACGGUUUUUAGAACAGCUUUUGAAUCCACGUAGUAUUCCAGAUACUGAAUUACUGAUUCCAGUGGCUGCAGAAUUACGUUCUUACCAACGACAGGGUUUAAAUUGGUUAAACUUCUUAAAUCGUUAUCGACUUCAUGGCGUUUUAUGUGAUGACAUGGGUCUCGGUAAAACAUUACAAACUCUUUGUAUACUAGCGUUAGAUCAUCAUCGUAAUUCUCAUGCUCCACCAAGUCUGGUAGUAUGUCCACCUACUUUAACUGGUCAUUGGGUGUAUGAAGCAGAGAAGUUUUUCAAAACCAAAGAUCUCUCCGUGUUACAAUAUGCUGGUACACCACCCGAACGUGAAAAAUUACGUCCGAGAGUUACUUAUCACAGACUCGUUGUGGCAAGUUAUGAUAUAGUGCGUAAAGAUAUUGAUUACUUCGAAACACUUCAAUGGAACUAUUGUGUGCUUGACGAAGGUCAUGUUAUCAAAAAUGGAAAAACAAAAAGUGCAAAAGCAACUAAACGAUUGCACGCAAAUCAUAGACUUAUACUAUCGGGAACACCAGUACAAAACGAUGUACUUGAAUUAUGGUCUUUGUUUGACUUUUUAAUGCCAGGUUUCUUGGGUACUGAGAAACAAUUUGCGGCGAAGUACUCACGUCCUAUUCUAGCUUGUAGAGAACCAAAAGCUGGUCCAAAAGAGCAAGAAGCGGGAGCUUUAGCUAUGGAAGCACUUCAUAGACAAGUUUUACCAUUUUUACUUAGACGAAAUAAAGAAGACGUCCUUCAAGACUUACCACCCAAAAUUACACAAGACUAUUAUUGUGAUUUAUCAUCGUUACAGCGUAUGCUAUACGAAGACUUUCGUACUCGACAUUCUGCCACUUUAUUAUCCACAUCGUGUACUUCAACUGGAAAUGAUCCACAUGGUGGUCAUGUCUUUGAAGCAUUACGAUAUUUACGUAACGUUUGCAAUCAUCCUAAAUUAGUAUUAAAUCAGCGACAUCCGUUAUACACAACAGUAUGCAAUAUGUUGAAACAACAAAAAAGUACUUUAGCUGACAUAGAACAUGGAGCUAAGUUACCUGCAUUAAAACAGUUAUUAUUAGAUUGUGGUAUAGGACAACCACAACAACAACAAAGUCGCAAUUCUGUAUCCGUUGGUGGUACACCAGAUAAUCAACCUCCGCAGCAGCAACAAUUAGUAAGCCAACAUCGAGCUUUAAUUUUUUGUCAAUUAAAAGCGAUGUUAGAUAUCGUGGAAAAAGAUCUUCUUCGUACGUAUCUACCAACUGUUACGUAUCUUCGUCUCGAUGGAAGUAUACCAGCAACACAGAGACAUUCCGUAGUAGCACGUUUCAAUGCUGAUCCAUCAAUAGACGUGCUUUUAUUAACAACUCAAGUUGGUGGUCUCGGAUUAAAUCUAACUGGCGCAGAUACUGUUAUAUUUGUGGAGCAUGACUGGAAUCCCAUGAAGGACCUUCAAGCAAUGGAUCGAGCACAUCGUAUUGGUCAAAAAAAGGUAGUGAAUGUAUACAGGUUAAUCACAAGAUCGACAGUAGAGGAAAAAAUUAUGGGAUUGCAAAAAUUCAAGCUUCUCACUGCAAAUACUGUGAUUUCAACGGACAACGCAUCUCUGGAAACAAUGGCAACUGAUCAGUUACUAGAUUUGUUUUCAUUGGACAAUGGCAAAGGAAAAAAACCAGAAAUACAAGAUGAUGCCAUAUCCAAAAUUACUGGAGUCCCAGGCUUUAGUCGUUCUGUCCUAGAAAUUCUCCCUGAUCUGUGGGAACAGCAACAAUAUGACGAUGAAUAUGAUUUUGAUUCAUUUCUGUCUACUUUAAAGGCUGAUAACCAGUGAGCUUAUGGUCUUACAUGUCAAUAUCAUUGAAUACAUAAUAAUGUAACAAUACAUUAACACAUUUAAGAGUUGAUUACUUUGUUGAGCAUACAUGAAUAAUAAGAAGAUGAUGCUAU